UUUACCUUUUUGGCCCUUUCAGAUAACGUUCGAAAAAAUAAACAUAAAGUACACAAAAAUAUAUUCAGGCAUUUCCCCAAAGCGAAACCGCACAGUUUACAUAUUAUUUUAGGUUUUGGUAAGGUCAAAAAGGUUCCCUCUCCAAGAUGUUUAUGUGGUGUGAGCGCAUUUCGGCGACCUUUGCUGGUGUCAUCGUGGGGCUUUGGUAUGCAAAGACAUUCCCCGCCGAAGAUGGCAAGGGCAGCAAGGACAACAAAGGCAAGGACAAUAAAAAGAAGUAGUAGGACCCCGUAGAGAUGCCUUCCAUCCAUUUAAGCUCCGCAAGAAAUGUCAAGAUAAUGGAGUGACAUUUCAAAAAAGUCAAGCGACGAGAAAUUCAGUUGCUUUAAUAAUAACCCUGGAUAACAACGUUCUCGGCGCGCGAGAAAU